AUGGAUUCAGAUAUAUUCAAAGUAAGUCUCAUGUUCUUAAAUUAUUGUAGCCUAGUUUGUGCCUGGCUGAGUUUCUGCUACUUUGUGAAGAUCACAAAGAUUUCCCAUCCCUUUUUCCUGAAGCUGAAGGGGAGGAUUUCUGGGUUGAUGCCCUGGUUUCUGUGGCUAUCAGUAUUUAUUUCCUUGGCUUACAGUGUGCUGUUCUCCAGUGACAUUUACAUUGUGCAUUGUGACACUUCUUUUUCUAACCCCUUUUCCAGCUCCACUAAGAGAAAACACUUCACCGAGACCAAUGUGGUCAGCCUGCUUCUUCUCUAUAAUCUGGGGAUCUGUGUUCCUCUGACCAUGUUCAUCCUUGCAGCCACUCUGAUGAGCAUCUCUCUGAGGAGACAUACCCUGCACAUGGAGAGCAAUGCCUGUGGCUCUAGGGAUCCCAGUAUGGAUGCUCACUUGGGGACCAUCAAAGCUACCAGCUACUCUCUAGUUCUCUGUAUGUUCAAUACAGUUGCUCUAUUUCUUCAUAUGUCCAACAUCUUUGGUGCCAACAGUUCCUGGAAUAUUUUGUGCAAAAGAAUCAUGGCUGCCUACCCUGCUGGCCACUCAUUGCUACUGACUGUGGACAACCCUGGCCUGAGAAGAAGUUGGAGCCAGUUUCAGCACCAAGUACAUUUUUAUCUAAAAGAGUACUCUAACGCCAAAGCCCAAAACCAGGACAGGGAGUCGGGAAGCACAUGGUACCCCCUACCAAAAGGGGGUGCCAACGGCUACUCGGUGCCCUCUGGUGGUGUGCACCCCAACACAGAUGGUGCUGAGCCUCCGGACCUCUACCUGAUGGGGCAUGUGUCCGCUGAGAACCAGGAAGUCGCUGGUCACUACCACAAGGAAGUGGCCAGGUUCCUGCUGCCCGAGUGGAUCCUGGUUGAAGAGAGUGGAAGGGAACGACCCCUCGUCACACAUUCCUUCCUGUCCAUGCGCUCCUGGACCUGGACCAAAGCUUUGGACAUCACAGCCAAGAAUGCGAACCCUGGGGUGUCUGGCUCCACCAUGAGAGCCUCCCUCAAGUAA